AUGACUUUACCAGAAGAUUCAAAGAUCAUUAUUGUUGGUGGUGGAACGUUUGGCCUUUCAACAGCUCUAUGGCUUUUGAGAAAGAAUUAUAAGAACGUCACAGUUCUUGAUCCAUUCCCAGUCCCUUCAGAAAUCUCUGCUGGUAACGAUGUCAACAAAUUGAUUCAAUCUUCAUAUAUUAACAAAUUCCACGAUGAAUUAUCAAAAGAAUCAUUGAAACUAUGGCAAACAGAUCCUGUGUUUAUCAAGAAUUAUCACGAAACCGGGAUUCUUUAUUCUUCAAGCUCUGAAAAGGCAUAUCAAGGAUUACUUGAAAAAAAUAAAAGACAAAUUGAGUACGGAAGAGAGCCAUUCAAGACCGUCACAUCCAAAGAAGAUUAUCAAGAAAUCAUUCCAGCACUGACAGGUGAUCUAAAAGGUUGGAAAGGGUUGUUGCAGCCAGAUGAAUGUGGAUGGGCUCAUGCCAGAGAUUCUUUGAUAUCAGCUGGUGAGGAAAUUAUUAAAUUAGGCGGUAAAAUCAAGAUUGGUGAAGUGAAUGAACUGAUAAAAGAAAAGGGGAGCAUCAAGGGUGUGAAAACCAAACAAGGUGAUGUUUAUUAUGGUGAUAAAAUUAUCAUUUCAGCUGGUGCAUCUUCAAUAAAUGUUUUAUCAUUCCAAGAUCAACUAUUUGCUAAAUCGUGGGCUUAUGCUCAUAUAAAAUUAUCACAGGAAGAAGCAGAUUCAUUAAGAGGAAUUCCAGUAUUAAUUAAUAGUGACCUCGGAUUCUUUUUCGAACCAGAUUCAAAUAAUGAAUUGAAAAUUUCCAAUGAACAACCUGGUUAUACUCAUUUUGUUGAUGGUAAAGACAAUCCAGAGUCUUCUGUUCCUAUAGCAAAAGAUCAAAUACCUUAUGAAGCUGAAGUUGCUAUAAGAGAUAUUUUGAGAGCCACAUUACCCCAGUAUGCUGAUAGAGAAUUUGUAAAGAAAAGAAUUUGCUGGUGUACUGAUACAGCUGAUAGAUUUUUCUUAAUUGAUGAACAUCCAGAUUAUGAUGGUUCGUUAGUUUUAGCUACUGGUGAUUCAGGACAUGCUUUCAAAUUCAUGCCUGUAAUCGGGAAAUAUAUUUCAGAGUUGGUCAUAAAAGGGAAAGCUAAUGUUGAUAGAGAGACUUAUGAUCACUGGAGAUGGAGACCUGAAGUCACAAGAGAGGAUACAAGAAUUGGAGGAGAUGGAAAGAGAAGAGAUAUAGGGGAAUUUAAAAGAUGGACUUAA